AUGAAUAGUUUUGGUAUUCCCUUGAAGAAUUUGGAAAAAUAAGGUUUUACCUAAAGAAAUUCAUAUUAGUCAUAAUAAUUUUUAUUGUUUUAAUUUCAGGUAUAGUAUGAAUCAGGGAUCUAGUCAAAUUUUGGAUUAAUUGCCAAGUUAAAUUUGAUUAAUAUAGUAUCUGCUAAUAUUGAUAGAAGGAGAUUUGAUUAAAAGAGAGAAAUAUAAUUACUUAAUUUGAUUGUUAAAUUAUUUUCUGGAGGCAUUUCAUCUAUAGAAAUAUUCUUGCGCUACUCUCCUAGAGAUUUGUUAGACAAAGGGUUUACUUUGAGAGAAGCUUAUACUUUAAUUAGAGAGCUGGGAGGAUAAUGUAAAUAUGAUUUCCCAAGACCAAGCAAUAAAGAAAUUGAAGACUUGAGUUAUGAUUAAGACAUAAAGCAGCUAGCUCUAUUUAAAGUGCCAUUCAUAUAACCAAUAGCAGGCCAGAAAUAUAAAUAUGUAUUAAUAUUAGGACCCUAAAAAACUGGCAAGACUUCGUUUCUAUUUAAUUUAAUUAAUAUUUACUAUGAUGUUGAUGUUGAUAGCUUAUAUAGAGUGAAAAAGCAAAGUAAAAAUAAGGGUGGCUUAUUUUAUGAUGAAUACCUAGUUGAAAUGAAAAAACAGGACCAUUUGAUUUUUGUAGAUUUUAUAGGUAUGGGAGAUUUAGAAAAAGAUAUAUUUCAGGAUAGCAAAAUCAAUUUUUUUUAAGUCUUACUAGAAUAUGUCUAAGAUAAAGAAAUCAUUGCAGCAUUUUUUGUUAACUCAGCUUCAAUCAAUAGAUUGGGAUAAGAAGAAGUGUAUACGAUACAAAGAUUUUUUGAAUUAUUCCACAAAUCAUUCUCUAAUAGGAUAUUUUUAAUCUUAACAUUUUGUACUGAUAAUAACCCACUUCUUAGUGUCUAUUCACAUAAUAACUCACCCACUCCUAAAAUAUUGAAAAAUCAAAUGAACCAAUAUCAAAGUCAAAUUGAGUAAAAAUAAAUGCCUAAUGAGGAAUUGAAGUUUUGGUUUGGUAUCAAUAACAAUUACUUAUAUUUCCCAGCUUUAGAUUUAGAUCAAGAGUCAGAAAAUAUAUUAAUCAAUCAUAGAAAUAUUAAUUUUUAAGAUUUCAAAUAAAAUUGCUCAUCUGUUGAAGUUGGAAUUGAUUUGACUCAAUCAUAUAUAGAAUCUGAAAAUUUCAUAUUGUAGGAAAACGAAAUUGAAGUAACUCAAAGAUAAAUAUUAUAAUUUUACUAUGAAAUUAUGAGAAAAGAACUACUAAAAAUUUAAUCAAAAAUUAAUAAUAUUUUCAAUUCUUAAAAUUAAGAUAAAGAUUAGUAACUUAAUCAUUUUAAAAAGUUAUUGAAAAUGGAAAUGGAUAUGCAUUCAUUAGGUGUUUAACCUUAAUUAGAUAAGCAACAAAAACCAAAUAAGAACCUCAUCACAUCUACAAAUUAUAUAGCAUUCGAAAAUCAAUAUGAAAAAAAAGUAUUAAAAGCAACUACAGGGAAAAAGAUUUUGUUCUGCACAGAUUGUUAAAAAAUAUGCCAUUAUGAUUGUGAACUUGAUUCUAAGUCAGAUUUAGCUGAAGCUAAGAAAAUGUGUUAGAAUAUACUUAUUAAUUUCAAAUUCCUAAGUUAAAUGAAAAAUCCCACUAGAAUUAAUAAAGAGAGCAGUUUAGACAUACUAUAUUACUGUAAGAUGUGCUCAUAAAGGGAUAUGGUUAAUUAAAGCAAUAAUAAAAGUGGUCUAUCAUGUUUAAUAUCAAAACAUAUUUUAAUCAAUGAAGUUGCUUUUGAUGUAAAUAAUGAUAUUUAUUACAUAAGUAACGAAUAAGUUUAACAAACAUUUAAACAAGAUUAUGAUUAUCUCAAAAAAUAAAAGCAGUUAUAUGCAAUGAAUUAAACCCUUAACUUAAAUCGCUAAAUCGAAUUUCUCUAAAAAGUCAAAUCCAUCAAACAUUAAGUAGCAGAAUUAAAUGAUAGCUAAGAAGGGUUAAUCUCUAUCAAUUUACAAGUUAGAAAAGACCUUUUAGAAAAAACAUAAAGAGCAGGAAUCCAAAUCAAAAGUCCUAAUUUUGAAGGAAUUUAGAAUGUCUAUAAUAAUGUUUGUCACUCUUAAAAAUAAUAAAUAAUAAAAGGCAAUAAUAGAAUUCUAUUUUAACUUUAUAAAUUAGUUUAAAAAGAAGUAGAUGAGUGA